AUGGCUCGCAACAGAUCGAAGCAAAACUGGCAAGACCGAACUAAACCCAAUCAAUCUAAAGUUAUUAACGGUGCAGACAAGUCUACUUACAAAUGCACCCAUUGCAAUCAGACUGGUCAUACCAACAGUUGUUGUUUCGAACUUGUGGGAUAUCAUGAAUUGUGGGAUCAUAGCCGUUGGAAGAAGAAUUCGACGAAGACCUGCGCUACAACAGUUGUUAAGACAGAGGAUGAUGGUGCUAAAAAGGCAUUGGGGUUGGUAGUCGCUGGAUAUAAUGGUGGUAAGAUUUUAAAUAUUUCUACACAUAUUGUUAAUAGUGCAUGGAUAAUUGAUUCUGGUGCUACAGAUCAUAUGACAUUUGAUUCUAGACAGGUCUUACCUCUUAAUUCCACCUCACAACACUUUGUUUCUACUGUUAAUGGUACUUCGACCCCAGUUAUUGGGGAAGGAUCUUUGACACUCCCUGAUAAUCUGCAUUUAGAUUCUGAUAUCCAAACAAAGCAGACGAUUGGUUGUGGUUUAAGGCGAGGGAAGCUGUAUUACUUGGACUUGAUGUUAAAAAGUUUCGACAAGCUACGAAAAGUAUUGACAGUGGAUGGUUCUGAAGGGGAGAAAAAGAAAUCUGAAAUUUGGCUGUGGCAUCGACGUCUGGGGCAUGCUUCAUUUGGUUCUCUGAAAAAAUUAUUUCCUAAUUUAUUUAAAAAAUUUGAUGGUUCUAGUUUUCGCUGCGAUGUUUUCCGUAGUGACAAUGGUGGAGAAUAUCAGAGUUUUGACCUUCAACAAUAUUUGGAAUCAUAUGAAACUAUUCAUCAAACCACUUGUUCCAAUACACCCCAGCAAAACAGGAUUGCAGAGCGAAAAAAUCGCCACUUGUUGGAGGUUGUUCGUGCUUCAUUGAUAGAAGCUCAUAUGCUGUUAUCGUAUUGGGGAGAAGCAUUUACCUCUGCAGCAUAUCUAAUCAAUCGAGUACCUUCCAGCUCUAUUGACUUCCAGACACCAUUACAGGCUCUCACUGACGUAGUUGUUGCUCCAACUGUCCCAAAUCUACCUCCUCAUGUUUUUGGUUGUGUAGCAUUUGUACACCUCCAUAAGCAUCAACGCAACAAGCUAACUCCUCGAGCAUUGCGAUAUGUUUUUCUCAGAUAUGCUACGCAUAAAAAGGGGUAUUGCUGUUAUCACCCUCCAACUCGACGAAUAUUCAUCACCAUGGAUGUUGUUUUCCAUGAAGAAUCGAUGUAUUUUUUUUCUGCGUCAGAACUUCAAGGGGUGUACCAGAACGAAAUUCAGACUCUAGAUUAUAAUUAUCUAUAUUAUGAUUAUUAUACUUUUGCGGAUGGUGAUUCUAGUGGUGAUGACUCACAAGUUAGACUAGGCAAUCAAGAAUCGGGCGAAUUGGAUUUGAGUGGUAUAAGUUUGGAUCAAAGUGGUGAUGAACGCCCAGAAAUGGAAAGUAUGGUGCCAACCCCACUGUCGUCCGAGUUUGAGUCCUCGCAACUGAUAUAUCAAACCAAUCGUCUGCUGAGGAUGUUCCUAAUUUAG